AUGCUUGAAAACAAGAGACCUAAGUUUGAUCAAGUUAAGCAAUCAUCAGAAGUUUCAGAGGAUCAAAGAGGGAAAUUUAUUAUUAAAGACCUAAAUGAUGAUAGAUUAAUGAAUGCAUCGUCAUUCGAGCAUGAAGCAUAUAGUGCUGAAUGGAUUGCUCUCAUACCCAUGAGAGUGACGACAGACUUGAGUUUGCAUCAUCAUACUGAUAUUUAG